AUGGAGAAAACAAUUGGAACUUCGUUCCGUGGCGGUAUGCCUCUGACCAGCUCAAGUAUCCUCAGGUCGCUGAACAGCUGUGCCUGUCGGAGAGUGUACACAAAGUACAAGGAAGGCCUGGAAAAGUCAGGAGGAACACGCUCGGAUCUCUGGUUCUUCGAGGUUCGCAAACUGCCCGCCCUUCUCGACAUGAGGGAUGACUGA